AUGUCAUUUUCACUUUAUGGAGCAUUGCCUCCAUCUAAAUCAGACAAAGCUGGAGCUGACGGCACCAAAAACGAAGCUUCAGCAAAUCAAUCAAGCGGGCUAUACUCAUCUUUGUCUGCUCCAGAGUCAGGAUCCACGAAAUUCAAAAGCAAUCCACAAGAGUCGUCUUUGAAACCAACAUCGCUAGCAACAACAACAACCACUACUACCACUACAGCAAGUACAGCCGAUGUGCAACCAACUAAACCAGCAGGAUGGUCUGCCAUCAACACAUUUAGACCUGUUUUGCGUCGACCGACUAUCCAAGCAAAGCCAAAGCUCAACAAACCAUUCAUUCCCGCUGGAGCGACGAUUGUAUCAACAAAGACGAUUACCAAGGAGGACAGAGAAAAAGAGCUCCAAAUGGAAUCCGAGGCAAAGAAGGCGUCCCUGGAAGAGCAGCAAAAGAAGAAUGACAAUAUAGACUUGGGCGUUAUCCCAUUACUGACAACAGCCGACGAUGUCAAUGGAUUUCGUGCAACACAAAAGGCCAGCAAAAAGAAAAAGAAAGGCGGCAAAGCAGCAGCAGCCAAUGCACCUCCUCAGCCUGUUGUGUUUAAUAUGCUGGAGGAUUACGAUCCUCAUCGACCCAACGACUACGAGCAAUACAAGGAAGAGCGACGAGAAUUAAAGGAACAGCAAAAGAGAAAGAGAGAAUGGGAAAAGAAGCAGGACGUGGAGAGAUCUUGGUCCAGAUCAAGGUCGCCCUCGAGAUCCAGAUCCAGUUCAAGGUCAAAUUCACCAUCAAAAUCCAGAUCAUCGAGUCCUCACGCACAUGUUGCUGUGGAUCCUUCGCCAUCGUCCAAGAUCAAUGUAAACGAGACAGCAGAGGAUGCUUAUAGGCGACGAUUAAGGAUGAGCCAGCAACAACAACAACCAAAUAUCAUGCCAGAGCCACCCAGAAUGGAAGAGUUAGGUCCAGCUCCACAUGUAGCUGCCCCUAUCAUAAAAGAGAUACCAUCCCAAGUGAUUCUGCUCACCAACAUGGUUGGGCCUGGAGAAGUAGAUGACAUGCUACAGGAAGAGACAGCCGAAGAGUGCUCCAAGUAUGGCAAAGUAGAGAGAUGUCUUAUAUUCGAGGUCCCCAAAGGCAGGAUCAGUGACGACCGAGCCGUUCGUAUUUUUGUUCAGUUUUCAAGCAUGGAUUCAGCACGAAAUGCCAUUCAAGAUCUGCAUGGCCGUUUCUUUGGCGGCAGAAUUGUGUCGGCUACCUACUUUGACAUGAAGCGGUUUGAACGGCUGGAUUUAGCUCCUUCCAAGGAGGAGUUUUGCUAG